GAUCGUAUUGGAAUAGUCAUUGUGUUCUUGUACUGGUUUAUUUGCAUCAGGGAAUUUGUAAUUUGUUUACUAUGGAUUCAUGUCUCUCUACCUCUUCUCAUACUUGUAUGCCAGGUUCAAAAUAUCCUGACACUGAUUGCUGGCCUUGUUUGAUGCCUUUUUUCUGUGGAUGUCAGAGUCAUUGUACCAAACUACCCUUGAUAACAAGUAUAUGCACUGAAAUGUACCUUACCCGACUGUCACAUACGUAGAAAAAAUUACCUGAGGUCAUUCGAGGAAACUUGCCUGGCAUCCACUACAUCCGCGAUGUUGCUGAUGUUGAUAUGCUGAUUUCUUCAUUAAAGAAAGCUAAAAAGGUAAUUGUUAUUGGUGGUGGAUAUAUUGGUAUGGAAGUUGCUGCAGCAACUGUUGGUUGGAAUCUGGAUACAACGGGUAUGAUGGUUGACAAAUUGGAAGUUGGUAGUGAUGGACGAGUUGCUGCUGUGAGGUUAAAGAACGAAUCUCUUGUGGAAGCAGACACGGCUAUUGUAGGGAUUGGAGCAAAGCCGGCUAUUGGUCCUUUUGAAAUAUUAGGAUUGAAAAAUUUCGUUGGUGGUAUUCAGGUAGAUAGUCAAUUCAGAACUAGCAUUCCUGGUAUUUUUUCUAUUGGGGAUGUAGCAGGAUUUCCUUUGAAGAUAUAUGACCAAAUGGUACGUGUGGAGCAUGUAGAUCAUGCUCGGAAGUCUGCUCAACAUUGUGUUAAAGCACUAUUGAGCAUACACACUCAGCCUUGGAGAGACAAUAGAGGUCGGAGGCUUUGAUCCUAAGAUUGCUACAUUCUGGCUUGACUCUGGAAGAUUAAAAGGAGUGUUCCUUGAGUAUGGCAGCACUGAGGUAUUACUUAGUGUUCAUUUUUUCCUAGAUUUACUUUAGGAGUCCUUUUUCUCUCAAAUUGUUGAUCAUGUUUGCCUAUUACACUUGUAUAAAAACAGAAAUUGAAGUCAAUCAUUGUCCAAUAUGAUCCUUCCUUUUUCUCUCAAAUUGUUGAUCAUGUUUGCCUAUUACACUUGUAUAAAAACAGAAAUUGCAGUCAAUCAGUUUUCAAUAUGAUCCUUAGAUCAUAUUAAUGUGAUCAAUGUUAGAAUUA